CGCUGCGGUGCAUUAACAGAAGUGGUGGCAUUUACUUUUGCUGUUUCAUUAUAGAAAUUAUAAAGUAAUUAGAAUUUUAGAAAUUUAAACUGUUGAAGUUAUAUGAAAAUAUAUUUAAGAUAAAACGAUAGUUGAUAUGUCCGUGUAUAAAGUAAAAGUUAAGUGGAGUAAAGAAGUAUUUCCAGAUUUAUUAGUAAAUGCAGAUGAAGAACUAGAUGUUUUUAAAGCACAGUUGUUUACUUUAACUGGUGUUCCACCAGGAAGACAAAAAAUUAUGCUUCGAGGAACUACUUUAAAGGAUGAUAGCUGGAAAAAAGUAAAGUUAAAAGAUGGUUUAACCUUUCUUAUGAUGGGAACAAGUGAAGAAUUACCAGUGGAACCAACUGAAAAGCCAUUAUUUGUUGAAGACAUGACUGAAAAUGAAUUGGCAAGUGCUAUGGAAUUGCCAACUGGUUUAACUAAUGUUGGAAAUACAUGUUACAUUAAUGCUACGGUGCAAUGUUUAAAAGUAGUGCCAGAACUUAUUCAAGCACUAAAAUCAUAUCAAGGAACCUAUUCAAUGUUAGGAAAUUUGACACCUUCUCAGUCUAUUACAGCUGUCAUGAGAGAUUUAUAUGAAUUAAUGGAAAGAUCUGGAGCAACACUCUCUCCUUUGAUAUUGAUUCAAGUUGUUCAUGCCGCUUUUCCAAGAUUUGCAGAAAGAUCAGAACAAGGCGGAUGGAUGCAACAAAAUCUAUGUAAAGGGAGUUUAAAAUGUACUGAAUCUGAAGAUGAACAACCAACACACAAUGAAGAAAAUUUCCUUCAACUUAGUUGCUUUAUAUCACAAGAUGUUAAAUAUAUGCACACUGGAUUAAAAUCGCGGAUGCAAGAAGUAAUCACUAAACAUUCGAUGACUUUAGAUCGAGAUGCUCAAUAUCAAAAAACAUGUAAAAUUAGUCGAUUACCUGCUUAUCUUACCAUACAAUUUGUGAGAUUUUUCUAUAAAGAAAGAGAAUCCAUUAAUGCAAAAAUAUUAAAAGAUGUAAAAUUUACAUUGAAUUUAGAUGUUUUUGACUUAUGUACAGAAAAAUUACAACAAAAACUUAUUCCGAUGAGAUUGCGUUUUAAAGAAAUUGAAGAUAAAAAAAUAGAAGAAGCCCAAAAUUUAAAAAUAUCUAAUGAUGUAUCCAAGUCAAAGACUUCACCCAAGGAAAAAAUUGAUUAUAGUUUUCCGGAUGAUCCCGGAUCCAAUAAUAGUGGCUACUACGAAUUAAUUGCAGUUCUUACUCACAGGGGACGUUCGAGCACUAGUGGUCAUUACGUAGCGUGGAUUCGUCAUAGAGGAGGUAAUGGAUUGUAAAUAUAAAUUUUAAAACUAACACUU